UCAAAGUCAACCAUAUAUAAACCCUAACCCAUUUAAAAAUUCCCAAAUUCACACAUAUGACAUACCCAACAUCUUAUAACUAAAACCCAUUCACCCAAAACCAAUUGAAUCUAAACUAUCACCAUGGAAAUUCACAGAGGAAUUCCAUUACUAUUCCAACAAUUCAAAGCUUUAUCGAAGAAAAAUGCUUUACUUUCAUGGCGUCAUAAAUCAGCUACUUCCCUUCAAUUAUUCUCUUCUUUGGUUUUCAUUUUGUUGAUGUUCUGUAUUCAAAAAGCUAUUGAAGCCCAGUUUCAAAAUACCACUUAUUUUGAAAAUGUUUUGGAUCCAAACCCUAUUGUUUCGCCUUCAAUUCCUCCUUGUGAAGAUAAAUUUUUCAUUAAACUCCCAUGUUUUGAUUUUUUGUAUAGUGGGAAUUCCAGUUCUAAUGUCAAUUUGAUCGUUUCUCGCAUCUUGGCUAACAAUCCCAAUCGCCCUAUUCCUUCUUCUAAGAUUAAGUCAUUUGCGACAGAAGCUGAGGUUGAUGCCUGGCUUCUUAGCAAUCCGAUGUAUUCUCCUGGAGCCCUGCAUUUCGUAGAAAAAAAUGCGACUAUAAUAAGCUAUGGUGUUCAAACUAAUUCUACAGCCUUACAAAAGAGAGGCAGGUAUGAAGAUCCUACUCUCAAAUUUCAGAUUCCACUUCAGAUUGCUGCUGAACGUGAAAUAGCAAGGUUUCUUAUUGGAGAUCGGGGCUUUAGUUGGACAGUAGGUUUGAAAGAAUUCGCGCACCCUCCACAAGACCCCUUCUCCGUGAUUGGCACUAUCGGGCCAACAUUUUUCCUUGCAGUUGCGAUGUUUGGUUUUGUGUUCCAACUCAGCUCCUUGGUAAUGGAGAAAGAACUAAAACUUAGAGAGGCGAUGAAUAUGAUGGGUUUGUAUGAUACUGCCUACUGGAUGUCAUGGAUUGCUUGGGAAGGCCUUCUUGUCGUUAUUUCCUCGAUACUCAUCGUACUUUUUGGGAUGAUGUUUCAGUUCGAUUUUUUCCUGCACAACAAUUUUGCAAUCUUGUUCCUUGUAUUCUGUCUUUUCCAAUUGAACAUGACCGCCUUUGCGUUUGCGUUGUCAGCCUUCAUUAGCCAGUCAUCUUCGGCCACAAACAUAGGAUUCUACAACUUUAUAAUCGGCUUACUCACUCAGAUUGUGACAGUAUUUGGAUUUCCGUACAGUGAUAGGUUCCCUCAAUCAUACAGAGUCAUAUGGUCCUUUUACCCUCCAAAUUUACUUGCAAAGGCUCUUCAGAUGCUCACUGAUGCAACUAGGACACCUCAAGACCCUGGAAUGAGCUGGAGUGGACGGACAAAAUGUCCGCCUAAUGAUGAUGAAUGUAUACUAACUAUGAACGACGUCUUUAUAUGGCUUUUAGGGACUUUUGUUAUGUGGUUUGUCUUGGCUCUUUACUUUGACAAUAUAAUUCCCAACCCCUAUGGAGUACGAAAGUCGGUGUUUUACUUCUUGUACCCCGGAUAUUGGACUGGCAAAGGGGGAAGUGAGGCACAAGAGGGUGGCGUCUGCACCUGCUUUCGUUCUUCCUCGCAACUUGAACACGUCACCCCUGAGGACGAGGAUGUUCUUCAAGAAGAGACAACUGUAAAACAGCAGGCACAUGAAGGUAUCGUUGAUCCAAAUACCGCAGUCCAAAUACGUGGCCUCACAAAGACUUAUCCAGGAUCGACUAGUCUUGGAUGCUGUAAAUGUAACCGGACUCCUCCUUACCAUGCUCUCAGGGGCUUAUGGGUGAAUCUUGCUAAGGAUCAGCUGUUUUGUCUUUUGGGACCCAAUGGAGCUGGCAAAACUACUGCUAUCAAUUGUUUGACUGGGAUUACACCAGUGACCAGUGGAGAUGCACUAAUCCAUGGGAAUUCCGUCCGAAGUUCUGUUGGCAUGUCCAAUAUUCGACGAAUAAUAGGCGUGUGUCCGCAGUUUGACAUUCUUUGGGGUGAAUUAACUGGCCAAGAGCAUCUUUAUCUGUUUGCAAAUAUAAAAGGUCUUCGAUCCACUUCUAUAUCGACGGUUGUCGAGAACUCGUUGGCAGAGGUGAGACUAACUAAUGCCGCAAAAAUGAGAGCUUCAAGUUAUAGUGGAGGGAUGAAACGUCGUCUAAGCGUGGCAAUUGCCCUCAUUGGUGAUCCAAAAUUAAUUAUUUUGGAUGAACCGACAACAGGUAUGGAUCCUAUUAGUAGGAGGCAUGUAUGGGAUAUAAUCGAAAAUGCAAAACAAGGGCGGGCCAUCAUUCUAACUACACACUCUAUGGAAGAAGCCGACAUAUUGAGUGAUCGCAUCGGAAUCAUGGCAAAAGGUCGACUCCGCUGCAUAGGAACAUCAAUCAGAUUGAAAUCCCGCUUUGGGACUGGUUUUAUAGCCAAUGUCAGCUUUGUUGACAGCAUUAACGGGACUCCUGUCGCUCAAGAGGCAACCGACACAAAAACUCAGGCUGCUGUCAAGCAGUUUUUUAAGCAUCAUUUGGGUGUCGAGCCUAAAGAGGAGAACGUAUCCUUCCUGACUUUCGUUAUCCCUCAUGAAAAAGAGCAUUUGCUAACGAAUUUUUUCGAUGAACUGCAAGAGAGGGAAGAAGAAUUUGGUAUAGCAGAUAUCCAGCUUGGACUUACUAGUCUGGAAGAAGUUUUCCUAAACAUCGCAAGACAAGCCGAGAUGGAAAGUGCUGCUGCGGAGGGGAAAAUGGUAACCUUAAACCUUACGACAUCUGAUACAUCAGUCGAGAUACCAGUUGGAGCGCGGUAUGUAGGGAUACCCGAAACAGAAACUGCAGAAAAUCCCAAAGGUUUGAUGGUAGAAGUCUACUGGGAACAAGAUGACUCUGGUGCUUUGUGCAUUUCAGGUCACUCCCGCGAAGUUCCCAUACCGGUAAAUGUUGAACUACCAAUUACAUCAUCUUCCGCCCCUACUCGAGGCGUUUUUGGUGGAAGAGGGAAGAUUCAGGGUCUUGUUAUCAACCCUGAUCAGAUUUCUGAAAGUAUAUUUCGAAGAUAGAAGCUUUGCUGAUUCAGUAAUACUUGCACAUUACCAUACAGGCUACUGGCCGGAAUGAGACUAGUAUAUGGUAUACCAAUUUUUUUACACUUUCCUACAUUUGUAUUUGUAUAUAGAAAAAACUAAUUUUGAUUUUAGAUUGUGAUCAUGUUUGAUCAUUUUUUUUCUAGUUUUGUUUCUUCUUUUCUCUAAAUAAGUUGUUUUGCAAUACUUUGUACAAAGUGGCGGAUCUAGGGCGAUGUCAAGUCACUGAGGUUAGUUGACAUCACUUACAUCCAAAACAAAAUCAAACAUUAUAUUAUCUUCCACAUAUAUGACAAGAGAUCAAAAUCUAGUAAACAUGUUUUACUUAAAUUAGCAUCACUUAUUUUUUUUCUGAAUCUGCCACUGUUUGUACAAAGAUCUUCUACAAACCAACAAUAUCAAUACUCUUUUUUUCAGUAAUCCCUUCUUGAAUUCCUUAUCUAAGCAAGUACUCAAGGAUCAAGGUUUAAAGGUUGAUAAUCGAGCAUUAACGUCUUGUCUCGGUUGAAUAGCAAGUAAUACUUUUUUAGAAAAGAUCAUGAAUUUGAUUCUCACUUAAUCAUUUUCUUUCUUC